CCGGGUGCUGGACGGCUGUUGCCUGCCCAAGUGCAACCUCCGCAUGCAUCGUUGGGGGCGCGGGAAGGCCCCAGCGGCCCUGAAGGACAGAACGUCCAGCAGUUUGCAGAUGGCCAGGCCCCAGAAGACUCUGCUAGCCCUUCCUCAGAAAGAAGGGGUCCAGGCAGCCGCUGUGGCACCCACCCUGUUGCCUAACCUGAAGAGCAGCUGCUUCGACCAUGCUCUGCACCAGGGGCUCCUCCACCCCACCCGGCGGCGCUGCAGUCCCACCUCAGCUCCAACUCCCAAAUUGUCAAAGAAGCGCAAAGUGCAUGCUGCCGGGGACAUGUUCCCCACUGAUUGGAGCCCACCACCCAUAGAGUUCCUGAACCUGAGGGUACCACAGGCCAGCAGGGGGGCCCCAGCACAGAGGUGGGUAGGCCCAAGGGGCCCUCAGGGCCUGAGGACAUGGGCUCCCCAGCUGCCUGAGGAGUUAGGCCAGGAGCCCCAGGACUUGGACCCCCAGGGAAGCCUGACCUCACUGGAGGAGCUGUUCUGGAACAUGGCAGGCCCAAGCCAGAAGGCUACAGCUCCAGUGGUAGACACCCACACCUUGUUCACCUCUGGAACCUCAGAGAGCUAUGCCAAUAGCUUAGAUUACUUACUACAGGAGAAGCGGCAACAGGCCCUGGAGCAGGAGCGAGAGAAGCUGCUUCUGCAUGAUUGUCCUGACCUCUACUCCCAGGAUCUGGCUGAAGAUGAGGCGCCUCUCACACCUGAGCACAGGAUGCUGGUGGAGAGGUUCUCCAUGUCACUACAGGUCAUCCCACCAGUACAUCCCGGUGAAACCGUGUUUCUACCCAGGCGUCAUCCCCUGUAUUGCAUCCUGGACUGUUCACACCUGAAGCCACGUAGCCACCUGGAAGGGCUCUUCCUCAGCUGCCCACUGGCCCAGCAGCUCUCCUUCCUGCGCAGUGGCCUCCUGAGCAACCUCUACCUACACACCCCCGACUGCCCUGUGCCCCUGCUCCAGUGGCUCUUCCAGCUGCUGACAUGGCCUCCAGAAACUUCUUCAGGAGCCUUUGGCCUCCUGUGGGAUCUCAGUGUGAAUGGGCUCUUCCAUCAGUCUGAUGGAGACAAGCACUGGUGGUGCCCCUCCCUGCAAGAGGUCACGGAGGUGUUUCACAGCCUGGGAGCCCGUAGCCCUGCUCUGGGCCUGCGUGAGCCCUGUCAGCACAGUGGGAGGGUGCUUAAAAAUAGCACUAGCUUGAACUGGAGUGAGCAGCAGGACGCCCCCCUGGAGAUUGCCUUGGAUGUCAGCCUGAACUACAUCUACAAGUUCCUAGCGCUGUGUGCCCUAGCCCAGCCAGGGGCCUACACUGAUGGGGACCUCCUGGGCCUGAUUGAGCUGCUGUGCCGAGUUGGCCUGGAUGCGGGGCUUCGCCUGCUGCCCAAGACUGAUCUUCAGCAGCUUCUGCUUCUGCUCCUCGAGAACAUCCAUGAGUGGCCAAGGAAGCUCCAGAAGCUGUGCUGCAGCCUGAGCGAGGUGUCAGAUCACCACCACAACCUGCUGGCGCUCGUGCAGUUCUUCCUGGACGUGACCUCCCGGAGCAGGCAGCUUCGAAGCCAGCUCAGCCUUGUGGUCAUUGCCCGGAUGCUAGACCAGCAAGAGACGCUCCCUCUCUGGCAAGAGAAGGCCCAGCUGUCUUUGCUCAGCCAGCUUCUGAGCCUCAUGAGGCCAUCAUCCCUCAGACAGUACCUGGGCUCUGAGACCUUGCCACCCUGCCAGGAGCAACAGCCAAAGACCAAUGCUGAACUAGACCACAAGAGCCCAUCUGGCAGCAAAUGUCUGUUCAACAACCAGGGAAGAAGAGGAGGAAGCGGGCUGAGGGUCUGCUACCUGUGCCACAGCCUUCUGACACUGGCCGGGGUGGUGGUCAGCUGCCAGGACAUUACUCCAGACCAGUGGGGAGAGCUGCAGCUGCUGUGCAUGCAGUUGGACCGCCACAUCAACACCCAUAUCCGGGAGAGCCCCCACGCCAUGCACCGGACCAGACUCAAGGACCUGGCGGCCCAGACCUACGUCCGCUGGCAGGAACUCCUGGCUCACUGCCAACCCCAGGUGGUGCCCCCGCAAGCCCCCGGCUUAGGAGGGGAAGGAAGUGGUCAGGUGGGCUGCCCAGAGCCAGCAGCAUGCCAACCCCCACUGCAACUCCUGAGCUCCUGGCUGGCAGAUGGGUGGAGAAGGCAGCAUGGGGUGUGGAGCUGCCUUGGAGGACCUUCAUCUUUCUUAUCAAGAAUCAAAUGCCCUGGGGCGCCUGGGUGGCUCAGUCGGUUUAGCAGUUAAGCAUGGGGACUCUUGAUUUCGGCUCAGGUCAGAUCUCCUUGGUUCUGAGCCCUGAGGCAAACUCUGAGCUGACAUUGAGGAGGAGCCUGCUUGGGGUUCUCUCUCCCCGCCCUCUCUCUCUGCCAUUCCCCACGUGUGUGUGUGUGUGUGUGUGUAUGCACUCUUUCUCUCAAAAGAAAUAAAUAAACUUAAAAAAAAAAAAAAAAAGGAUCAAAUGCCCAGUGUGGGGGUAUAGUGAGGGAGAAACAGAGAGCCCAAUUCCUGGGCAAAUGCAAAGAAAAACUUCACCCUAAGGAGGGUAGAGCCUGGGCCAGGAGUAGCAGUGAGCAGGGCCAAGAAGGGGCACCAGAGGACCCAACUGUCUACCCUCUUCCCACUUGUUCUGCAGGCCUGAGGCUGGCCUCCUACUCUGCUGAAAGGGACCCUCUCAGUCUGCCCUGGUCUCUCCAAUUUCUGUAGCAACAACCUCCACACCCCUGAUUUUCUCAAGUUCUGUAGGUAAUAAUAGUCAUAGGUACUACUUACUGAACUAAGACUCUUUUCUCUAUGAAUCCAGAUAACCCCAUGAGACAGGUAUUGUUAUGAUCCCAUUUUACAGAUGAGCAAGCUAACCAGAGUCACUGAGAAGUUAAAUAGCUUGCCCCAUCACACAGGCAGCAGGCAGCGUGUAAAUGUCAGAACCAAGGCACAGAUCCAGCCUGACUCCUGAGCCUGCAGACUUAAGCACAGCCCAACCCCUGCUCUGGCAGCCUCUCUUCUGGCCUCUGUCCCUCUGACAGGCAGCACCGGCUGGCUCAGGAACUCUUCCCUCCCCUAGCCCCCAGCCCUUGAUGGAGACAGGCUGGGUCUGGUGAGAAUCUCUCCACCCAUCCUCCCAAUGCUCCUGGGCUCCCAACUUGCCUGUGCUCUGACUUCUCUGUUUGUCCUUCCUCCUGUAACCUCUGACUUGGGUCUGACACAGUGGCCACAGGCUGUGGCUUGGGUCUCAGAUUUCACAAGUCUCUGAGAAAGCCGGAGAGCAAACCUCACCCUCAAUCCCCAAGGAACUGGAUCACACUAGUCUCUGGUGGGAAAAAGCAUGUUUGUCAUGAAAAGAAGAAGUGAUUCGUGGCCUGGCAAAGUCAAGAGGCCGGCCCCACUUUCCUUUCACACUGCCCUGGGCCUUCGAGCCAGGAGUAGAGGGAACCCAGACAGAGCACUCAUGUGCUGUGGUCAAGUGGCCUGUUGACCUGCCGUGUUCUCCCCUGGACUGGGAGCCACAGGACUUUUGUAGUUCAGCACGUGACACGAGAGCCUGCAGUGAAUGUUGCUGCUGAAGAGUCGGAGCAGCAUCAAGACGGUGGGCACCACCUGGGCCAGGGCCAUCACACUCUGUUUUUCUCCUUG